AUUAAAGAUGAUGCUAUCUUACUGAAAAUGCUUUUACGUAAUGGUGGAAAUCCUGAUGUUUGGUUAGAAGAUGUCUCAGCCUGCAGUGGAAAAUAUCUCUUACACACUUGCUGUGAGAAGGGAAGAUACAAAUGUGCAAAGUGAACACACAUAAAAAAGCAUUUAUCUUAAAGUUGUUAUAAACAUAAAGACAAUAAUUGAAAGAACAGUAGUUCUGUACACACAGUAUAUUUUGUAUAAUAACCAAUAUGGAAGAACUUGUUUAUCAUGCAAUCUGUGAGGACCGGCCUGCUCGACUGGAAUGCUUUCUACGGCAAGGUGGUGACCCGAACAUGUGGAUCGAGGACUCGGCCAGAAUAUCUGCAAAAUCUUUCUUACAUGUUUGCUGUGAGAAAGGCAGAAUUAGAUGUGUCAAGGUUCUGUUAGAUUAUGGUGCCCAGGCAGAUAUCAUGGGAUCAUGGGGACAGACCCCGCUGAUGUUAUGUAUGCUCAUUGAGUACUUUGAUAUAGCUGAACUGCUUAUUAACAGUAACAAGAGUGUGAUAGACCAACAAGACUCAAGUGGAAAUACCCCACUCCAUUAUGCCAUAGGAAAUGACAGUGUUGAAGGUGUAAAGUUAUUGUUAAAGUAUAAACCAGACGUGAGCAUUUUUAACAUAUUUGGUAUCACACCAAUCAUGAAGAUAUGCUCUAUGAAAGAGUCUCAACACAUGGACGAGAUUGUUGAACUGCUCGUGGAUGCUGGCGCUCAGAUUGAUGAAAAAGAUUUCAAGUCCAAGAAAACAUCCCUUCAGAGAGCAGCAAUAUCAGCAAAUGUUCCUACAGUUCAGUUUCUGCUGAACUGUGGGGCGGAUCCAAACACUGUUGACAACAGUGGGCGAACACCUUUAAGUAAUAUUAUCUGGGAACAUAUCCGAACCCACCCGGGGAAACGUGAGAUUGACCCAGAUGUGAUGACAAUAAUGCAUAUGUUAGUUAUUGCUGGAUCAAGUCUUGAUGGAACUAGAUAUGAGAAUUCCAGUCCUCUGAUAUUGGCCAUUAAUUUCAAGUGUACAUCUCUGGUGAACUACUUGUUGGUACAUGGAGCUAGAGUUGAGGGAGAUUUUUUUGGAGGCAUAUCACCCUUACUUCAUGUGAUUAAAAAGAAGGAUAUAGACUCUUUGAAAGUGAUGCUGAACUGGUCUUGUGACCUAUACAGAAAGGCACGGGUAUUUAAAUUUAACCACUACGAUAUGGAAUAUGACUCUUUCGAGCUUGCCAUCCACGAGGGAUGUCCAGAGAUGGCACUACUACUUGUACAAGCCGGCUAUAAUGUUUCUAAAAUCAGAUAUUUAAGUGAUUAUUCUGCGGAACUUCCAAACUGUUUGAAAGACAGGCCGGACAUCUUGGAACAGUUACGACAAUUUGUACAAGAACCAAGAUCGUUAUUUGAUUCGGCGGUGUUGUGCAUUCGGCACACGUUGGACAGUAACAUUAUCCAUAAAGCAGAUGAAUUACCCCUUCCAAAACUUCUUAUUGAGGAUAUUAAGCUGAGAUCUGUACUGGACUGAAAUAAUUGGGGGAUUUCUUGAAAAUGCCUGCUUUGUUUCAAGCUGUAUAAAUUCUGUUGUUGCAUAAAAAAGGUAAUAUGCUUAGCAUAAUACAGAGGAGAGUUGUUAAAACAGUGGAUUUAUUGUCAUGAAAGUCAGUGUCCUUUUGGAGAUGAGAUUAUAUGUGGGAUUUGUGCCUUGUUAGUAUUAUUGUGAGAUGAUUCGGGUCUUUGUUACUUCUUCUCUAUAUGUUCAAUAUAGGGAAAUUCUGUGUCAUUAAGUUGUGCUUGCUUUCUGUGAUGCGUGUUUAUAAAAAAAAUUAUUGUCAAACAAUAUAGAGACAAAAAGCGUCUAAUUAAAACCUUUGUCUAAAAAGUUAUCCCCCCUUUAGUUAAGACUUCAUAAUUGAUAAAGCCCAGACACAG